CGCAGGACGUGCGGGGCUGCCCAGUCUGCUGCUAACGCAGGUAGCACGGGAGCUAACCAUGAGCUAACCAGCCGCUAGCCGGAGUCUCCCCAGUUCGCCACCGUGGUUCAGCCCUCGUCAGACGCUUGGUGGAGGUGAACGCGGUCACAUUUACCGGACUUUAUCAUUCAGCUCUUUGUUGCAGCUGCCGUCCAGACUGAUUUUCCCCCUCUUCAUUUCACAAUCCUUCCCUCCACCUUAGCUCUCUCCCUUCCACAGUCAGAUCUCUCCGCACACAGAGCCAUGGCAGCUGCUAAGCCGAAGGGGCAGAACUCUCUAGCCCUCCACAAAGUGAUUAUGGUGGGCAGCGGAGGAGUGGGGAAAUCGGCCCUAACCCUCCAGUUCAUGUAUGAUGAGUUUGUUGAAGACUACGAGCCGACCAAAGCCGACAGUUACAGGAAGAAAGUGGUGCUGGACGGGGAGGAGGUACAGAUUGACAUCCUUGACACAGCUGGGCAAGAGGACUACGCAGCCAUCAGGGAUAACUACUUCCGCAGCGGCGAGGGUUUCCUCUGUGUAUUUUCCAUCACAGAACUGGAAUCGUUCGCAGCAACAGUAGAUUUCAGAGAGCAGAUUCUGCGAGUGAAAGAGGACGAGAACGUGCCCUUUCUCUUGGUUGGUAACAAAUCCGACUUGGACGACCGACGGCAGGUUAGCGCAGACGAGGCGAAGGCACGUGCCGAGCAGUGGGGUGUGUGCUACGUGGAGACUUCUGCCAAAACCCGUGCCAAUGUGGACAAGGUGUUCUUUGACCUGAUGAGAGAGAUCCGGGCGAGGAAAAUGGAGGACAGCAAAGAGAAGAACGGGAAGAAGAAAAGUAAAAGUUUGGCCAAGAGAAUUCGAGAGAGAUGCUGUAUUUUAUAGUGGUAAAAGAGAGCAGGGUCACUGCUUGUGUACAUACACAUUUCUCAGACUUUUACAUUUACUUUGUGCCCAUACCUGACCAUGACUUUCCGUUCCUGGCUAACAGGACAUCGACCGUGUGUCAGGGAGUAGUAAGGUGGCACGUCAUACACCAUUUAUAGCUCUAACUUUUUAUGUGCUGACACUACAAAUAACUUAUGUACUCUCUCUCUCUUACUCUGACCACAUAACAGAGUGUUAUAAAUGGAUGGUGUUUUAAUUUAGGCCUACGUUUGACAGGAGGCUAAGCUCUGAAAUGUUACACAACCUUUCAUUGUAAAGUUUGAUGUGUAUAAUAUAUUCAGACAGCUGUGCAGUGCGGGUUCAGGUGGAAAGAUUAAAUGAAAAGUGUCAGAGCUGACGUUUAAAUGAGGGGAAAAUAUAACUGGAGCUCUACUGGAAAGUCCCACUUCAUAUAACUAGUCCACAGUCUUUGGUAGGAAGUGUUAACCGAAGUUCAAGUGCCACUUAGGAAAUGUACAUUGCACUGGGAAAUCCUGGAAGCGUUUUAAUUGAAAGAUCAUUUCUGAAAUUUCAUGCCGUUCCCAUUUGUGGUUUUCACACUUAAGUUUUACUCUGUGGUUUAGUUGCCAACACUUAUUUUUUUAAAGUCUAAGUUUUUCUUUCUUAUCAACCAAUGUAAGACAAGCGCACUAAUGUCUCCCCCGCCCAGUCACUUUGAGUCUUAUCAAAAUGCACAAACAUCAUCGUAACCCUACAAUCUGUGAGGGAUUUUACAACACUUGAAAUUUCUUCAAUUCUAACAUUUCAAAAUGUUUUACCUCACGUGGCUAAUGGCGUUCAUCGCCUUUCUUAGCAUUUACGGAAUCCCUGGUGCUCUGAUAAACGGUGACUCCAUAACACUACAUCCUUUAACAUGCCGUCUUCAACACAUGUUCAGGAAAAGAAAUGGCCUUCAGACACAUUAAGAUACAUUUUUCCAGCUUCCUGGCUCCGACUUUUAAUUCCCCGCAUGUUAAUCUAAAUGUAUUUAUUGUAAUUGGGACUAAAGUGGGAAUAAAUUUAUGUCAAAACAGAAUGCAGGCAUGAUGGAAGGAAAGUGGUACAUGUCCUUUCAGUCACCAAAGAAAUACACUCGAUAGUACAAACAAGUGCCCACUUUUUAAUUGAAGUGAACGACAGCUUGCUGUGGAGAGCAUCAGAAGUAAGCACUGCAGUGUUUCUGCAAAAACAACAUCUUUGUGAAUCAGACAGGCAAAGGUUAAAGGCGUUUCAGUGGAAGUGACCGGGGAAAGAAAUGUGAGGUUGCGAGGGCUUUAGUAAUUCAUGUACAGUGCAUCACUGUUGCCUCUCUGUCCAUUGUGAAUGUGAAUAAUCCCAACAUGCUCAUCCUGUUUGCCUGUAAAUCUUAGGCUGCCGAUGAUGUGCAGAGUUCAUCGAAGCUCUGUUUUGUUUACUUUUUGUGCAAGUCUCCCCUGUGUUACAAUGCUGUUGUGACAUCUUAGAGAGAUACCUGAUGUUCUUGCUCGUAUAGAAGAAGGUGCAGGUGAAUGCAGUGUAAGAAUUGGCCAAAUGAGAACACGAUGCAGGUUUUACAUUGAAAUUACAGAGACCAAAUCACACCAUGAAAUCUGCCCCUUAAUUCUUUUAUUACUGAGCCAUGCUUUGUUUUCUUCUGACUUAUUUAAAGUAACUUAUUUUACUCUUUUUAAUACUUUAUGAAAGUCCAACCACUUUUCAGAUUUUUAUUUCCCUCCGCAUUUCACUCUGAUCCAUUUCAGGGUAAUUAACACAAGAGUAGAAUGUGUGUUUUUGUGUGUGUGUGUGUGUGUGUGUGUGUGUGUGUGUGUGUUCAUAGCCGGCAGCAAGAGCUGUACAUUUUCAUUUAAUGACUUUGGCAAUCAGUAGGAUGCCCAACACUAGAGUCUAUGCAAAAAAAUAUUGUUGUGAUUUCCAAGUGGAUAAAGAGAAGAUCUGUGUCUGCAAACUGCUUUUAGUGAGACUGGGUGCAGUAGAAGCACUUGAAUGCUGUUAGGUGUGACCACAGCUUAGAAGUUGGCACUCGGUAGAGCUGCACCAAAUUGCACACACUCAUGCAUAUCAGGCCCCUAAAUAUGCCUGAUCUCACAAUGUUCAAUAUGGAUCUGCCCCCAAAAUGUUAUGAGUCCUUUUUGACCCAUGUUUCAUCCCCUUCAUUGAGUUUUAUAGAAAUCUGUUAAGUUGUGUAAUCCUGCUGACGAACAAACCCGACAAACAGGGUUGAACACACAACGUCCUUGGCUGAGGAAAAAAUCCUCCAAAAGUUGUGACGCGUGCAGAAGAAUGUGAAGCAGAAAACUGUUUCAAAUGAUUUCAUGAGGUAGUAGAUGAACGCUAAAGAGUAACACUAAAGAGUCUAACGCUAAAGAUUGAAGGCUUUGUUUUUAUAAUAUAUGUCUGUGUGUUAGUUGUGUAAAAAGAUAGAUGUGCAGGAAUGUCUGGGGUUUCAUACUUACUGAAAAGCACACCGUUGAAAGAGUUUUAGAGGCUGAGACUGGAUAUGUGAGACCAACCUGAGCCCAAAAUAUCCGGAACCCGUGGCACCAGAAUGUUUGGAAAGUCGUUUAAGAUAUUUUAAGGGCUAACCCCCCAGUACCAUGACCGAAUCACCCCUGAUAGUUAAUGUAACGGGCACAAAAAACAAACACACAAUGUCAGGAUCACAGCCUGUUGUGACGUUCCUUGCUGAGCUUAUGCCCAUUACAUUUAAGUGCUGUGUGUCUACAUCGUUAAGAAGCUACUUCACUCAAAGUAACCACCAUAGUGCUCGCUUACUCCAACAUUGGCUUCAACGGCAUCUCAUCCGUUUUAUUGUUUUUCUUCAGACGCAAACAUGAUUCAUCAUCCUUCUUUAUUCGUUUCUCUUCAUGAAUACUUUAAUAGGCUUGAUGGCCCAAAUAUUUCCAACUGGAUCCUGAAACAGAUGUUUGUGUGAAAGCUACGAGCAGAUUGGCCGACCGGGUAUUCAAACAACUUGUUUUUGCCUUUUAUAUAAAUACCCUUGGGGUUAAAAAUAAAUGGAUAUCUAUGUAUUUUUGAUUGGAUGGUUGUACGUAUGCCAUCGGUGAAAUGUUUCCUUCAUGUUUACUUAUUUUAAACAUAACCACUAAUGUAGCUGUUUGUGAAUGCAAGAGGUGACGCUUACAUUUCAAUUCAUUUUUUGUGAGUUAUUUGGAAAUGGCAAAUAAAGUGGAUAUUACUAAUAAUA